AAAAUGCUUUUUAUCUCAUAAUAAUAGUGAAAGUUGACACGAGUACCUGUAACUUUCGGCUUGGAAAUUGGAAUUGAAAAUCAAAAAAUAAAGAUUUCGUCACUUUUUGGUAUACCAUUUUUUAUUCAUUUUUCGAAAUAAUACGAAAAUCCGAACUCCUGCAAUUAUUCACUCUUGGGAACUAACUGGAAAAACACAUUAUAUACAACCAUGCCAAUAGUUAUAAACAUAACCUCUAAAUAGUCAAGUGGUUUGAUAUAAUUCAAGAGUGAGGGAGGAUCAAAAUACGCGUUUGAAUGUAAAGAAAAAAGGUGUCGGGUGAGCGGGGAUGCAUCAGCUAAGGUUGUUUUUACAAAGCUUGUCAAGUGAAGAACAAUGCAUUUUUUCAAUGGAUUACAAAUACUUAUCGAUACGGCGAUGUUACGCAAUAAGGAAAGAGCGAUAAGCAUUAUUCUUCUAAUCUGGUUGUCAACUGAUAAAGUCAGUUGCUGUGAGCGGAACGUCCUGAGAGAUUAUUAUAACUUGAUGACAAAUAAAAUAGAGAUGGCAAAUGAAAAAUGGAACGUUUUGGUAACGGGAGGUGCUGGUUAUAUUGGAUCUCACACUGUUUUGGAACUUCUGAAUUCGGAUUUUAACGUUGUCGUUAUAGAUAAUUUGAGUAAUUCUUAUAAAGCUAAAGCAGAAGAUAAGCCAGAAUGUAUCUUGAGAGUAGAGAAAAUUGCGAAAAAGGACGUUACGUUUAUAAAUUGUGAUAUUACUGACGAGAAGGCUUUAGAUGAGCUUUUCAAGAAGUAUAAGUUUGAUUGUGUAAUUCACUUCGCUGCAUUGAAGGCAGUCGGAGAAUCUUGUGAAAUUCCUCUACAAUAUUACAAAACGAAUGUUGGAGGAACCUUAAAUUUGUUGGAAGUAAUGAAGGAUCACGAAGUGAAGCGUCUUAUUUAUUCAAGUAGUGCUACUGUUUACGGUGUACCUGAAAAGUUACCACUAGUCGAAGAUAUGAAAACUGGCGAUUGCACUAAUCCUUAUGGAAGAACGAAAUUUAUGGUGGAAGAGAUUCUGAAGGAUCUAUGCGAAUCUGAUAAGUCAUGGUCCGUAAUAUCAUUAAGAUAUUUCAACCCAGUCGGUGCUCAUCCCUCAGGAACUAUCGGAGAAGAUCCAAACGGAACUCCAAAUAAUCUAAUGCCUUAUAUUUCGCAAGUAUCUGUCGGUAAAAGGGAACUACUCUAUGUAUACGGUGAUGAUUACGACACGCCUGAUGGAACAGGUGUCCGAGACUAUAUUCACAUUAUGGAUUUGGCAUUUGGCCACCUGAAGGCACUGAUUUACCAAAAAAAGAAAAAUCCUCAGGGAUUUCAGGCUAUAAACUUGGGUACGGGAAAGGGCUACUCAGUUUUAGAAGUUGUUCAAGCUUUUGAAAAAGCUUCUGGCAAAAAGAUUCCAUACAAGGUAGUAAAACGGAGAGCAGGAGAUAUUUCUGCUAGCUAUGCAGACGCGAGUUUAGCAAACACGGAAUUAGACUGGCGCGCCUCGAAAAACGUCGACGAUAUGUGUGUUGACACUUGGAGAUGGCAAGAGAAUAAUCCGAAUGGUUACAAAAAAGUAUCAUCUAAGUUCUAAUUGAUUAUAUAUAAAAACUAAUUAUUAUCUAAGUCAAAGGAUUUAAGUCCAGGUGGUUUAUAGUUACCAAAAUGAAGACCAAAGCCAGCCUCUUUGAUCAAAUUAAUUACCACGUUUAAAUUAUAAUCAGUAUUUAUUUUUAUGCAGUUAUCAAAAUAUUGCAUUCCUGGAAUACAUUUAUAUUCACAUCAGUAAUAAUGAAAUGGAUAUAUUUUGCGAUUUAGCAGAAUCAUUCGUCUUCAUGCAGUAUUAAAAUUUCAAUAAAAAAGCAUAUUUAAACAAUAGUUUUCACAUUCCAUAGAAAACAGAAUGCAUCUUUGUAGCAUCAAAUUUGAUUUUUCAGUCUUUUUUGCCUCUAAAUGUAUUUAUUUUAUAAGUCACUAUUUUAUAAGAUCUGUAAAGGCUUAUGAAUUUUAAGCUAGUGCAAUCCUAAUCAUAGUAAUUUUAAUUCCUAGUGUAAUUUUAAUCUAGUAGAUACAGAUUUUAAAAUCCAUGCUUUCUUAAUAUGCUUUUUAUGUCAUCAAAAACUUGUACAGAAAACCAAAAUGUAUUUAAUAAAUGUUAUCUGAAAAAUUGA